AUGGCGGACGAGGUGCAAGCAGGGGCUUCUCCUGCUCAAUCGGAUCUCAGCAAGGAAGAGGAGGCGGCUCCAAAGGCUGGAGGCGUCAAGUGGACAAGGUAUCUCGGCCUAAAGGGCAAGGAUUCGCAGGCCCUGGAGGAGAGAUGGGCUCACCGAGAGAAAUGGUCGAUGGGCAUCCUCAGCGACAAGCAGACCGAUGAAGUGCCAGGAACCAUCUUGCUGCUCGCUGCAAAGAGAAACGAGCCACUCGGCCUUCGAAAUACACCGGCUCGGACCUCCGCUACAUCACUUCCUUCACCAUACCCUCCAUCCAGAGGCUCCUCACGCGGCCCUGCACCGCCCAAGAAGCGGACUGCAGAUGGAGCUAUAGUCUUGGAUCCUCAGCCGGAGGAGUCUAUGAAUGACCCUCUCAACUGGCCGGUGUGGCGGCGAGACCUUGCUAUGCUCUGCCUGGGCUUCUACUGCAUGCUUGGAGGCGGUAUGACGCCUAUACUGGCCGCUGCAUACAACGAAGUCUCGGCAGAGUACAGCAUAAGCUUUCAUAAGGUCGCUUUAACCACCGGGCUCUACAUGUUGGGUCUCGGUCUCGGCUCGGUCGUCAUGUCGCCUACCGCCAUUUUAUACGGCAAACGCCCGGUUUACAUUGCCGGAGCCACCAUGUUUAUCAUUUCUGCAGUCUGGUGUGCUGUUUCUCCUUCAUAUGUCAGCCUUGUUAUUGCCCGCAUCUUCCAGGGUUUAGCCGUUAGCCCGGUCGAAUGCCUCCCAUCCGCCACCAUUGCAGAGAUCUAUUUCUUACAUGAACGUGCAUACCGAGUCGGAGUAUAUACACUACUGCUUUUGGGAGGAAAGAAUUUGAUUCCUCUUGUCAGUGCUGCAAUCACAAACAGCCUAGGAUGGCGUUGGAUUUUUUGGAUGGUUGCUAUCACCACUGGAUUCAGUGCAAUCCUGGUGUUCCUCUUUGUCCCUGAGACCUUUUGGGACAGGACUCCACGUCCUCGUGCAAAGAGACCUCCUAUGCGAAGAAGCAUGUCUGACCUUGUACAUACCCUCCGAGGUCGGUCUUCGCAACCUGUCACUCCUGGAAUAGAGGAAGUAGACAGGCAGCUGGGCGCUGUUACACCACGGAAGCAUAAAAACGCCCAUGUUGGCUUCGCUGAAGAUGAAAAGGCAGAGAUUGAGAAAGAUACCCCCGAAGUAAUGGCCGAAAAGGAUACCGCACAAUCUUCCAUUCCCGCCAUAGUGAUCGAUCCCGAGGCCCAGCGGCCCAUUCCAGCUUACAGAGACCAGGUAGAUCCCACUGUCCAACUAUCUCAACAGCAGAUAUACACCAGUAAUCUACGUGCCAAACCACGGGUCAGCUUCAUUCAGUCGCUGAAGCCAUGGAAUGGCAGAAUCGCCAAAGAUAAUUGGUUCCGCGUCAUGGCCCGCCCACUUAUCCUCUUUGCGUAUCCUGCUGUCCUCUGGUCGUCCAUGGUCUAUGCUCUCUCAGUCGGAUGGCUCAUCGUCCUUUCAGAGUCGGUGGCAGAGAUCUACGCCAAGCGCAAUACCUACAAUUUCACCCCCUUGCAGGUCGGAUUAGUAUAUAUUUCCCCUUUUGUUGCCGGUAUUCUAGGCACUAUUGUGGCUGGAAGAGUAUCAGAUGUCGUUGUUCGAUUCAUGUCCCGUCGAAAUGGAGGUGUUUACGAACCAGAAUUCCGUCUCGUAAUGGGCAUUCCAAGUACACUUGCAACUACCAUCGGCCUAAUGGGCUUCGGAUGGAGUGCCCAGGAGAAAGAUAACUGGAUUGUGCCCACUGUCUUCUUUGGUGUCUUGUCUUUUGGCUGCACUCUCGGUAGUACCACAUCGAUUACCUACUGCGUUGACAGCUACCGUCAGUAUGCCGGGGAGGCCCUGGUGACGCUAAACUUCAGCAAGAACGUGCUUCAUGGAUUCGUUUUCUCUCUCUUUUUUGUCCAGUGGCUCCAAGCAGACGGAGCUAAAGAUGUCUUCGUUGCAUUGGGUGGCAUACAUCUUGCAUUGAUGCUUUUCACGAUUCCCCUCUAUAUCUACGGCAAACGGGCCCGUAUGUGGACCGUCAGAAAGCAUUUGAUGGAGAAAUUUUAG